CUCUCUCCACCCGAUUGUUGCAGCAAUUGCUAGACUCUUCCCGUCGGUGACUUGGCUAUACACACACAAGGUUCCAGUCAACUACCGUCACAAUGGCAUCCCGUGAAGCUUCUCCCCUGUCCUCCAUCGGCACCGCCGACGACUCAGAUCACGACUCCGUUAAGCACGAGAGCCGCGCUCAAUCGCCGUCAGCUUCGACUAUGCCCCCAUCAAAGCGCCGUCGCACAGGGGUAGCUUCCUGGGACCGGCACACCCCCAUGUCCUCUCUUCAAGAUGAAAUCCCUCCUCCACCCUCACCAACAGCCUCCAUCUCCUCCGAUACCUCCGGUGAGAUCCCGAACUCGCCUCUCCUCUUUGGUGCUGCGCUGGGCGGAAACACCCAAGAGGAUGAUUACAGCGGCCAGAGCGGCGAUCAAGUAACCGUGUGUAUGUGGGAUGGAUGCACGGCAGGUGACCUCGGCAAUAUGGAUGGCUUGGUGCAACAUAUCCAUAACGAGCAUAUCGGGACCCGGCAGAAGCGGUACUCGUGCGAGUGGAUGGAUUGCUCCCGUAAAGGUCAAACGCAUGCCAGCGCAUAUGCCUUGCGUGCGCAUAUGAGGAGCCAUACUCGAGAGAAGCCUUUCUACUGUACCCUACCUGAGUGUGACCGCAAUUUCACCCGCUCGGACGCCCUCACAAAGCACAUGCGUUCUGUCCAUGAACUCGACAACCUGCGCCCUACCGAGGUCAAGGCCGCGGCCGUUGGCAGCGUGACCGGUACCCCAGCCUCGAAGCUCCAACGCAUCCGACUCAAGCUCUCCCAGCCCGCACGAGAACCCGGCAGCGAAACAGAGCACCCCAAUGAGCCCGUCUUGACGACCAUCACCGCACACGAUGACACCGAGGACACAAGCAUGCCGGAGUUCGGGCCUGAGCUCGGCUUCGACGAACGCGAGCUCGCCAUUCCUCCACGCGAUCUACACCGGCUCCUGCGACGCCAGAUCUUCUGGGCAGAGAAGGAGACCGCACAGCUAAAGGCCGAGUGGGACGAGCUUCGACCAAAGCGGGAACAGGCCUGGCUGGAGAAGGAAGCUAUCUUUGACGAUGUGAUUGAAGCUGAGCUGCGGCUCUUCAGCGCAAUUGUUGGUGAUAUCAGCGGUCCUUCAGCGGUACCUGGCAACCUGGCUACUAGUUUGGAAAAGCUCCAACACCAGCAGUUGCACUUCAAGCAGCAGCAGGAGCAAUUACAGGCCAAGUCGGCGGAGGUUGCUGAAGGUGAUGUCGAUGCUGCUGCUUGACCUUCCUGGCUCUGACUGAGUCUCCUAUUUCUUUUAAUCUUUUACUUAUGGCGUGAUUGGCGUUAGGAUAGCCUUUGAUAUCUGCUUCUGUUUCAAAAUGGAGUGCGAAGGGAAAGCGGAACGAACAUCUGUACGAAUAUAUCCUUUAUUUUCUCUCCAUAUCUUUCGGGGAAUGUGCUUUCUAGUGAAUCAUUGGAUCGUGGACUCUUACUUGUCAAGUUUUAUCUUUCUUGGAUACGAUGCCAAUGACCAUAUAAUUCGCUCUAUCUGUCACUUAGUGGGCAUUUCCUUAAUGACUGAAUCAAACCGCC